AUGUCGCAAAAACCACGAAAGCUCCAGCGCGUCUCCAAGGCCUGCGACUUCUGCAAUAGGCGUAGUAUCAAAUGCAGUGCGAGCGAAGAUGCGCUAGGUCGCUGUCAAAAUUGCGUCGACUUUGACGUCGCAUGCACAUUUGAUCGCCCGGCUAAACGACGCGGUGUCAAGGCUGGCACGAAAGUCGCUGCCAGGAAUGGGCCAAUUGCGAAGCCGGUGAUAGACUCGCCGACGGCUCGGACUCCCGUUGAAAGGGGACCAGGUUCUUCUGCUUCCAGGAGCUCUAUGCAUCCCGAGUCGUCUUCUCUGCCGUUUGUGACAGGGGAUCCUUGGAUCUCUUUUAACCAAGGCUGGUCAACGGCAGAAGGCUACGAUGAUGAUGGUGCAUUGCGCAAUUCUUGGAAAGCGUUUGCUAUUGCCAGUGACCAGCAGAUCAGGAAUCUUGUUCAGGUCUAUUUUGAGAUCGUCUAUCCAAUCUUUCCCCUCUUCCACAAACCAUCCUUCAUAGAAAGCAUCAAUAACCGGGAGCACCUUCACAAUCAAGGCCUUUUUGCCUCGACCAUGGCAGUUUGCUCCUUGGUAUCAGGCCGUGCACGCGAUGGCGCACUAUACUCUACUCGGUGGUGCCGAGAGGAACUUCUGGAGCCUCCUUCAGAGGCUUUUUAUGCCGCAGCCAAAGAUUCAUUACCUAGAGAUCUUGCGGCUGCAAAGGGAAUGAAUUUUAUGCGUGCAUGUGCCAUUCUUGCAAUCGCCAGCAUUCAGAACGGCCAGAUCAAGAAUAUGCAGAAAUACUCUGGCAUGUACCACACUCUAACAACCAUGGAGGGGCUCCAUGAUGAAAAGCUCUGGCCAAAGGGCAUCAGUCCUAUCGAGGUUGAGGAGAGGCGGAGAUUGUUUUGGUCAAUUUACACCCUUGACAUCUACUCAACCAUCGUAUGGGGAGGUGUGAUCCGCUAUCGGGAGGCAAAUUCCCUUGUGCGUUAUCCUACGGAGGUCGACGACCACUACAUCACCGCGCAAGGCUAUACCAUGCAACCAGUAUCACCCGGAUCGAGCUCAAUCAGCGAGAGCCCCGCCUCCGUCGUGUCGAGACAAUCUUUGUGCUGGAUGCAAGGAUGGAAUUUCACAACGGACCUUUACCGCAUAUUGGAGCAUGUGGUCGAUGGCACAAGGCGGAGAUCCUCCCCGACCAACGGAACACAAGAAGUUUGGUCACUAUUUAGCCCAGCUUCCAUGUCGGAGCCUGCGGUUAUGGAGCGUGUCCUGAGUAUGUACUCUGCGCUACCAUCUCAAUUUCGCGAAACGCCGCCAACGACUGGUGACAUGGCGAAAGAUCUUUUUGGGUUCCAGUCUGCCAAUAUCCAGGCCACUCUACAACUACUGAGAAUGGUGCUUUUGUCCGCCGGGGAAGUUGGAGUUGACAGGAAAUGUGACGUCGCUGGCGAGUUGCUCAGUGUAUUCUCAAAUGUGCCAGUGGAGUAUUUGAAAGCCAUUAGUUCACCAUUGCUUCACCAUCUGGGUGGAAUUGGAUACAUCCUCGGCUCGGUCAUGGAAGGCAGUCUAUCAGACGCAUCAUACCUUCGCAUCCGAACAUUACUCCUCGAAAUGGCCGACCUUCUCCACCGUCUUGAAUGCGGCCUCCACCGCGCAUCAGGCGCAAGUGAACGCCUUCGAUCCCAAGUCGAUCGAAUCGACGGCUACAUGCGCACAUCACGACUUCUGAACUUUACGACAGCCCCACCUCCUCCCAAUGGCCAUGCUAUGCACGUGCAUGUCAAGCCUGAGCCUCUUUACCCACCACCUACGUACGCUCACAGUGCCCCGGCACCGACCGUCGGCACGACAGCGGGAAUGCAUGACCAGAUGCUGCAGUUCCAGUUACCGCCGGAGCUACUGAGUGACUGGCCGUGGCCACUCGAUAAUUCCAAUUCUGAGGGCUUUCUACCAUUAGCGUUUGAAUGA